GGGGGGGUGGUUGGUGAGGUUGGAGAAAGGAAGGAAAACAAAGCAAGAAAGAAAAGAAAAAGAGAGAGAGAGAAGAGAGAGAUAGACAGCCACCCUCUUUCUUUGCUGCCUCGUUCACAAUCUCCUCCCAACAGCCACCCUUUCACCCAAAUAUUCAAUUCGUUCUCAACCCUGUUUCAAACGAAAAAACAAUAACAAGAAAGAAGAAGAAGAAGGCGUUGAUUUCUUAUUGUGUUUCUGUUGUUGCCUCUGAACUUCGCUCUGGUUGCUUCACAGAGGCUCCUUCUUGGAGUUUGCAGAAUAAUUUGAGUCGAGCUCUGCAAUCCUUAAUGAAGGCUUGUAAUACAAAUUAGAUCGCAAAAUACGAGGGACCCAGAUUGGCAGAUUGAUCGACAAGCACAAGCACUAUAGAUUCUAUAAUGGUUUAAUUUCUAUUUUUUCUUUGUUGUUUACUGUUAAGAGUCGGUUAUUGAUGGGAGUGUUUGUAUCAAGUUAAAAAAAGGAAAAAAAAAAUAAAAAGAAAAAGAAGACAGAGAAACCUGGCGAAUAUGUGUAGCAUCUUGGUCCUUGGAUUGUUACUACCACCACCAACACGGCAUUUGGUCUACCAAGCAAUGGAGGUUAGAUGGAAUCCUUUUGGACUCCAGCUCCACAGAGUUCCGUGCUUUCUGGUUUUGAUGCUUCUUCUGGAAAUUCAACAGGGUUGGUCGCUUAAUGCUGAAGGAUGUGCUUUACUGGAGUUUCGGGCAAGAGUGAGUUCUGAUCCUUAUGGCGCUCUUUCAAAUUGGAACCCCGAUGACAGCAACCCUUGUAUGUGGUCAGGCGUUCACUGUGUGGACGGUAAAGUGGAAAUGCUUGAUCUACAAGGGCUUUCUCUGGAAGGAAUACUGGCGCCUGAACUUGGAAAUCUUACUCACUUAAGAUCGCUUAUCCUUUACAAGAACCACUUCUCAGGUGUUAUUCCCAAAGAGAUUAGUGCACUUAGAAUGCUGGAGCUUUUGGAUUUGAGGAAUAAUAAUUUGAGUGGAACAAUUCCAGCUGAAAUUGGGGGAAUGCUCUCACUGAAGCGCCUGCUGCUUUGCAACAACAAGUUUCAAGGCACAAUUCCUGUUGAGAUUGGGAAUCUUAGUUUGCUAUCUGAAUUACAAUUUGAUCAAAACCUCACAUCUGAUGAGCUAACUGGAAUCAGUUGUCUAAAUAGAAAAUUUGGACAUUGCUUUUUUCACAGUUUUACCAGUAUGUUGAUGGGCCAUGUUUUUGGCAGCAUCUGGCAAAGCAGUUUGAAACACUUGAGCAAAGAAGAUUCCUUCUUAUUCAGAAUUAAAGGGAAACUUCAGCUUUACCUUGAGUUGCUCCCACAUGUCAAGUUUGGAAGGGGCUCUUCGCAUGACCAUAGUGAGGAAUGUUGUGAUGAUACACCAAGUCCAGACUCACCAUACAUAUUACAAAAUGUACAGGACAUAGUAAAUUUUGUACGGCGCAAACUGCUUCAAGAAUCAAGUAACCUCAUGGCAGAACCUGCAAGUGGUAGUGCAAUCCCUGAAGAGAUGCCUGUUGUUCCAACUACCCAAAGUAGUGGGGCUUUUCCUGCGGUACCAAAUGCUAAGAAACAAUAUCCUCCACCUUCAUUGAUGCCCCCUCCCUCAAAUCCUCCAUUGCACCAAUCUUCCCAAAGCCCUAAUGACCAAAAACCAAUAACUGAUGGUUCAUUUGGAAAAGGAUGGAAAUAUAUUCUCAUCAUUAUUGCUGUGGCAUUAGUUCUCAUCAUUGUUGUAGCAAUGUUUUGUACAUGCCAAAACCGAGCAGUGAGAACCAUAGGUCCUUGGAAGACUGGAUUGAGUGGCCAAUUACAGAAGGCAUUUGUCACUGGGGUGCCCAAGCUGAAUCGUUCAGAGCUAGAAGUAGCCUGUGAAGAUUUCAGUAACAUUAUUUGUACCAUUGAAGAGUGCACAGUGUUUAAGGGAACUUUGUCCAGUGGCGUUGAGAUUGCAGUUGUAUCAACUACAGUUACGUCCUCUAAAGAUUGGUUGAAAUGCUCAGAGAUGUCCUACAGAAAGAAGAUUGAUACUCUCUCACGAGUAAACCACAAGAAUUUUGUCAAUCUCUUGGGCUAUUGCGAAGAAGAUGAACCUUUCAAUAGGAUGAUGGUAUUCGAAUAUGCUCCAAAUGGAAGUCUCUUCGAGCAUUUGCAUGUUAAGGACGCUGAACAUCUUGACUGGAAUACCAGGAUGAGGAUUAUUAUGGGAGUAGCUUAUUGUCUUCAAUACAUGCAUCAUGAGCUGAACCCACCUGUAGCACAUUCCGAUCUGCAAUCUUGUUAUAUUUAUUUGACAGAUGAUUAUGCAGCUAAGAUUGGAGAGAUCUUUUUCUCAGCACAUGGCCGCUCCAAUUCAAAGGCAUCUGGUGAAGAUGAAGCAGAGCAUUCUUUAUUGCCUCCACUUUCUGAUCCUGAAACAAAUGUCUAUAGUUUUGGAUUAUUGCUGCUAGAAACUAUUUCUGCCAGGCUUCCAUCUUCUGAAGAAGGGUCUCUUUUGAACUGGGCUUCUGAAUACUUGAAUGAUAAGAAGAACAUCAGUUCCAUGAUUGAUCCCACACUCAAAUCAUUCAAAAACGAAGAGCUUGACAUCAUCUGUGAGGUGAUUGAGGAAUGCACCCAUCAGGAUCCAAGGCAGAGACCAACGAUGAGGGAGAUCACCUCAAAACUGAGGGAGGUGAUUCCUAUCUCACCUGAUGCAGCAACCCCGAGGCUUUCUCCACUCUGGUGGGCAGAGCUGGAGAUCCUUUCAGUGGAAGCUACAUAAGGUCUGGUUGACUUUCUUCUCUGCUUUAUUGUAUCUGUGCCUGCUGACGAUGGAUGGAGGGAGCUUGUGGUGCAAGAUGCAUAUUUCCAGUAAGCAUGUAAUGAAGGAAAACUGUAAAUGGGUAAUUUGGCCUGAAUCCAGUUCAAAUGAAUAAUCUCAUUGACCAAAUCACAAGAAUGUAGCAUCUAUAUUUGACCAUAUUCAUUUCAAGACUUGUAAAAAUUUAACCAACAUAACAUGAAUUAAUCCAGAGUCUCAUAGUAGAUUAUUUGA